UUCUGUGCGGCCGCCAUUUUGCCGUGGCUUCUCUGAGGUGCGGCAGUCAGCGAACCGGACGGAGUCUUUUCUACAUUUAACAACUUUUAAAAUCCUUUAAAAUCUGAAACUGGUAAUUAACACCGUAUAUGUUGUUUACAUAAUAUCGUUGCCUGUUACAUUGUGGAUAGUUAAAAUAUAAAAGCGAACCUACGGAUAUAUAGCGAAAUAACUGUCUGUUAUAACAAACAAUUAGCUAACAUUAGCGUUAGCGAUAAGGUCGCCAGACAUUGGUAGACAUGUAUGUAGGCCUCUGCUAUGUAGCGUAAGAUAAAAUAGGACUAAACUACUCGAGCAACAUAUGACAAUUGGUCAGGCUGACAAAAUAAUCCAAAUUCACUCUUUCGUCUUUUAAGAAACCCUUCUAUCUACCUAUUGAUCUGUCUAAUAGCUGCCGUUCUCUAUACACUAAUGUUAGCGUGUUUCAUCACUGCUGGGAAUCGGUCGUAGUUCCUUCCUGUUAACUUUGGGCUACUUUUUAUUAUUCAACAGACUCCAUACGACCACGGAGACACCCUACCAGCAGUGCGCUCAAGAGGGAGACAUCUUCUCAGCUACCUCAGAACCUGCUGCUGGAGUUAAAGAUCACAACCUCCUCACCGCCGUGACUCAAGACUCAUACCAGCAUUACUAUGACCAACCAUGGAGAUGACUGCUACUUCUUUUACUAUUCUACGUGCACUAAAGGAGACAGCUGCCCAUUCAGACACUGUGAGGCAGCUAUGGGCAGUGAGAUCGAAUGCAACCUCUGGCAGGAAGGACGCUGCUUCAGGACUGUCUGCAAGUUUCGCCACAUGGAGAUCACAAAAAACCGUAAGGAGAUAUCUUGUUAUUGGGAGAGCCAACCAGCCGGCUGCCAGAAGCCACACUGUGCCUUCUUCCAUGAAAGGCCCCGCUAUGUUGAUGGCGUCUUUGUCCCACCUGAUAAAAGUCUAAACAAAACUGAAGAACAGCCACACGAGGAACCAGCUCUCCUGCCAGCAGCCCCUCUCCCCACUGCAGCCAAUCCACAGCUCAGGGGUGUCAUCAAGACAGAAACUCAGGAGCCAGUACCAAGCCCGACACACCCACCAGUGGUGAUUAAUCCAGCAGAUGAUGAUGAGGAUGAAGACGACCAGUUUUCAGAGGAAGGAGAGGAUGGAAAGCUCGGCCCUUCUCCUAGAAAACUACCCAAAUCAGAUGACUCAAUGGACUUUGGAGUGAGCACCCUUGAGGAGAUUCGGCUGAGGAAGGCCCUGAAGGCCAGCAUGAAGAGAGCUGGUUACCCCAUCCAGAGUGCCAAUCCCUCAGCCAAUGGAGAGAAGGAUAACAUUCAGUUGUUCUUUCGACCAGCCCUCUAUGAAGCAGGAGAUGGCCCGCAUGUCUUUGAAGAAACUGGGAAACCAAGAGGUAGUGUGGUUGAAAGACUUGGAAGAAAGAUGCCCAACACUGAUGUAGAAAGUGGAAAAGGUCUCCCACUGAGAAGAGGUCUGGCUGGGCGUCUGGGCAGAGUAGUGGAUGAUGAAGAGCCUUUAAUGUUCCCUCAGACAGCUUUGAAGCCUAUUAAGGACAGACUUGGAUUGCCUGGGUCUGUUGCCCUCACACAACCAGCUGAGACCACUGUGGAGUCAAAGAAAGCUCCUGAGCAGAUUCGCAUCAAAACUCUGGAGGAGAUCAGACAGGAGAAGGCAGCAAAGUGUCAGUCUCAGAGCCAGAGAGAUGAGCCCUCAUCUGUGACUCCAGAAGACAACACAACCAAAGCCCCCAGGGGUGUCAAGCGAGUCAUCACCACCAAAGUUGACUCCAAUAGCUAUGUCAAAACGUUUUCGGAGAUCCUUCAUGCCAAGAAGAAAAGGCAGGAGGAACAGGAGCAGAACAGCCCAAAGAAUGCCAACCACACUGUGGAAAAAGCUCCAGGCAAGAGUCAGGGAGAGUCUGACACAGCAGGUCCUGAACCUGAGGCUAAGAAUGUGGGAGAGGUUCGAGUUAAGACUCUGGAGGAGAUCCGCAGGGAGAAGGCAGCAAAGAUUCAGACUCAGCGGACCGUGGACGAUGAAAACAAGAGCCCUGUCACUGGGGAGAGCAAUGCUAAAAAGCCACGGCUACUGCGCAGCAAGAAACUAGCAUCCCAAAGUGAAGCCACAACAGAGAACAGCGGUGAAGUGACAGAGAAGCCACGGAAAACUGCUGCUGAUUCUGAGACCAGUGCUGCCACCAGUAACAACGUCAAGGUCAAGACCUUUGAAGAGAUCAUGCGGGAGAAACGCCUUCGCAAGCAGGAAAUGGAGGAGCAGAGCAAAGGCUCAGCUGAAGCAGAGCCUUCUCAGAAACAGACAGAGGAAAGAGCCCCGAUAAGGAAGAUUCCUGCUAAAGUCCGUUUCACAUCCCCAGGCUCUUCAUCCCCUUCCUCCAGCACUCUGGCUCCUGACUCUUCCCUUUCCACCCCAAAGCCGCGGGGUAAACUGAUCCCCCUCAAAUCUAAGACUACUUCACCUUUAAAUAGCGCUACUUUUGGUACAAAAGGUGCAACCGUUACAGCAGUUACAUCUGUGAAACGGAGCUCUUCUCCAAUGGAGGCAGAGAUAGAAUCUGACUCACAGAGCCCCAGCAGCUCCAUGGAGGUCCCAGACAAAAACACCAGGAGUUCCACUGCCAAGCAGGCCAGAGCAGCUCCUCAGGCUCCUGCUGCAAAGGACCGCACUUCAGAUAAAACACUGAACAAUAACCAGAACAAAUCCCCAGAACACACUGCAGACACCAAAGUGAGGCCCAAGCUGAAUGUGAAGCCGUCUGUCAUGAAGCCUGCAGUUCAAGUGAAACCAGGCCAGAAGAGGAGGGGAGCAGAGCGAUCUGCUGUUGCUGCUGUUAAACCUCUGAACAGCACCACUACAGUGCUUGAGGAUUCACAACCAGAGACAACAUGUAGAGACAGACAGGAGUCGGCAUCCUCCAAUGCCGAGUCUCAGCUGAGCUCUGCUGUUCCCCGUAGUCCCAGCACCAUGCUGGACUCAGGCUCCGGCUCCAGCCCACUGAGAGAGGAGCUCCAGACCGUCCCUGUCUUCAACAGCCAAGAAACCAAGCUGGGUGUCAAUGUGGCUGCUGCUAGAGAGGCCUGUACAGUGCCCCAAAGCCCAGUCUUGAAGACUCCCACGCAGCCAAAGUCACGGAGACUGAGCUCAGCUACGUCCCGCGCUGCCACCAACUCCAGUGCUGCUACCUCUGUUGUGGACGACUUUGAGGACCUGAUCAAUGAGUUUAGCGACGACCAUCUGGAGGAAGACGUGGACAUUGGAGAAGAUGACCUGCUGCAGGAACUGUCGGAGAUGAUUGACAGCUGAGGGCUCCAUCGAGCACAAUCACUUCCCACCCCUACUUCUCGCCAUAAGACCAUUUUUCUUCAUGGUUGAACUUAUUUUAAGCUUAACGUUCAUAUUUGUUUAACUUUCCCUUUUAGACAUGGUCUCUCUUUUUUCAUUUCCUGCCUGUAUGAUUGUCUGCUCACCCCAAGGGUUGUUCUGCAGGGCUGAGGGUUCAUGUCUCUUCAUGAUCAUUGUGAAAUUCUCAGGACCUGAAAAAAGCUUUGCUGCUGGGCAAUGUUGUUAAGGACAUCAGUCUGUCAGGGGUACUGGAAGAUGUUAAAUCUUGGGAAUGAUGGAUUGGUCUUUCUGAGUAAAGUCAUAUCUGUAUACUAUGUAUGCAAAGGGAAGAUCAAGAUGUUUAUUGAAUUAAUGAAUACUGCUGCACUUACAGUAGCCUGCCCCCACUUUUUUGUGUUUUUGUUUUUAUCUCUGUAAGUGGAUGAGACUUCUGUUUCCCAUUUUUUCCCAGAUUAUGACAUUUAAAUGUAGUCAUUUUAAUUUAAUGAUGACCCUGUCAACAAAGCUCCUAAGAGAAAGUUUCUGUGAAGUUCAUUAGGCGUGUGACUGUCAGGAAUGUUCUAUCCAUCAGGUCUAUAUGCUUUAUAGAUUUUCCAAUCGGAUGUUCAGAGUGCACCUUCUGACAGUGGCUCUUCUUUGGUGUUUUUAUAAUGCAUGGGUUUUAUUUUUUAACAAGUUCUUUUAUUCAGUGGGCAUACUUUAAUAGUCUGGGAUAUGUCCUGUCCAAGUCCUCUCUGGGCUUGCAUAAUGAACACCUCAGGGACUGUUUCUGAUCUUUGUAUGUUCCUAAUAUAAUCAACAAACACUCUUUGAAUCCAACAAUGCUGUCUGUAAUUAUCUUGUUCUCUUUUGUGUUAGCAUUGCUUUAUCAAUGUGAUCUAAGAAAAGAUCAACUUGUUUUUUCCAGUCUUAACAUGUGUUUGUUCUGUCCUGAUCCUGAGCUUACUGCUCAAUGUGACUUGUACAUAUAACUGUAAAUAAAAAGUGCUUUUAAUGACUA